AUGUCUACGCAGCAGAGGUCUCCUGAACCCGCGCUUAAAACUUCUCUCCAAGCUGCAUACGCCGCUGCCAGCGCCGAACAGCCAUCUUCGCUCCCGACCCAGGAAGAACAAGACAAGUACCUUGAAGGUCGCCCUCGCGCCACCGCGCAUCACCUAGGAAUCGCUCUUCAGCAUGCGCACCAGAUCCAAGCACAAAAAGAUGCAGAGGAAAUGAUCCUUGACCGCAUCAUCGAACUUCUAGCGCUUCCAUCCUCGCCGUCCGCCGACCCUGCUACACCCUCUCCACAAGAUGCACAGCUCUUCAAAACAGCACUCUAUCCUUUCCGACCAAGCGACUACGACAGUCUCGUUACGGAGCGAAAUAACGAGGACUUGUGCGGCUAUGGCCUCUGCUCGCGCAAGAACCGCAAAGACAGCUAUGCGGGGGGUCAAUCUUUCCGAUUCAAGUACGGUGCCAAAGGAAGUGGACCCGGUGGCCGAGGGCGCAGCAUGGAUAUUGUGUCGAGCGAUAACAUAGAGAAAUGGUGCUCUGACCAGUGCGCGGAGCGCGCUCUUUACAUCCGCGUGCAACUAGGUGAAAAACCAGUGUGGGAGAGACGGGCGAACGACACUCAGGCCAAGAAAAUCCAAUUACUCGAGGAGGGUCGCGCUAAAUCACGAAGACCCAAGGCCGAGAGCUCGAAGGCUGCAGUGCGGACUUCUCAUCUCGACGGGGCCGAUGUGACGGCCGGUAUGAGGAACCUGGAUAUCCAGGACAGCGAACGCUCACAGGAGCUCGCUCUGGAGCGCGGUGAUACAAGUCAUGUUCACCGCCACGGGCGCGUCGGUGUUCAUAUCAAGGAGAAGGAACAUGGCUCGCUUUCUCCUGCCAGUGCCCCGCAGCCGCGGCCAGAGGAUGCCACUGGAGGAUCCAUUGAAGGAUAUGUGCCGCAGGAACGGCUGGACAAGGAUUCGUCCAGUCCACCAAAAAUGAGGGAGAUCUGCUUGAUCAGAUCUGAGAUGGACCAGGCCAUAGCAUAA